AAAAAACCCAAACUCAUCAAAUCCAAUAAAUCAAUAAAUAUCCAGCUGCCUCCUGUCUUCCUUAAAAUUUCCAGAAUCCACCCCUACCUCUCUCCAAGCUCCUCUGUUUCUCUCUCUAAGAAGCUUUGAUUUUUCAUUUUCAAGAACACACAGCAAAAACCCACCAUGGAUCUUGAAACAGAAGAGCUACAAUUCUUUACCAUACCAGAAAUCUUGAAAGAAUCCAUUUCAAUCCCAAAACAAUCACCAAAAACUUUUAAACUAAUCACCCUUGCUUUAAUCUUUCCUUUAUCUUUUGCAAUCUUGGCUCACUCUCUUUUUACUCAUCCUCUUUUUUCACAAAUUCAAGAUCACCCAUCAAGGCAACACACUCAUCAAUGGACCCUUCUUUUAGUUUUUCAAUUCUUUUAUCUAAUCUUUUUAUUUGCCUUCUCUCUUUUAUCAACUGCUGCUGUUGUUUUCACUGUUGCUUCUCUUUACACUUCAAAGCCUGUUUCUUUUUCCUCUACAAUGUCUGCCAUCCCUCGGGUUUUUAAGCGUUUGUUUAUGACGUUCUUGUGGGUUUCUCUGUUAAUGUUGGUUUAUUAUUCUGUUUUCUUUCUGUUCUUGGUGAUUUUGAUUAUCGGUAUUGAUAUUCAGAAUGCCCUUUUGGUUUUGUUCUCUUUGGUGGUGAUUGGUGUGCUUUUCUUGGUUGUUCAUGUUUAUAUUACUGGACUUUGGCAUUUGGCUAGUGUGGUUUCUGUUUUAGAGCCAAUUUAUGGAUUUGCUGCUAUGAAAAAGAGUUAUGAGUUGUUGAAAGGGAAGAUUCGUGUGGCUGGUGUUCUUGUUUUCGGGUACUUGGCUAUUUGUGGAUUGGUUUCUGUGAUUUUUUCGACUGUUGUGGUUCAUGGUGGAGAUAAUCAUGGAGUGCUUACAAGGAUUAUUGUUGGUGGGUUUUUAGUUGGGGUUUUGGUGAUUGUGAAUUUGGUGGGAUUGUUGGUGCAAAGUGUGUUUUAUUACGUUUGCAAGAGCUAUCAUCAUCAAGGGAUUGAUAAGACUGCCUUACAUGAGCAUCUUGGUGGGUAUCUUGGAGAGUAUGUGCCUUUGAAAUCCAGCAUUCAGAUGGAGAAUUUGGAUGCUUGAGGUGGUGGAAACAGAGAGAAAGAGAGAAUUGGUAUCAUGAGUAAGUUGUUAUGUAUGGAGAGAGUUGGCAUCAUGUGUAAGUUAUGUUUGUAAUCAACUUUUUUAAAUUUGUCUUCUUCUCUUGUAAUAAAACUGGAGAAGUACUUUUUUUUUUUUGUAGUUGUUUGUAAUUAAACUGUCAAUUUAACAAUGAUUCUAUGUUGUUAAAUCUACUGGUUGUCAUUGCUUAA